UCGCGCUCGGUCUGAAUAAACUGGCCCCUCCUCCGUGCGCGAGUGUAAAAUGUCUCGGAGGCGCGUGAAGGAUCUUCAGCUAUAGAAGAGCGUCUCGCGCGCGGGACCCGCUGCAUUCUCAGAGCGGUCAGCGAGGAGAGAGGAACGCUGGUCAGCGCUUUGAGGGGACGCUUCUGAUGUUUUACCUCAUCUGAGAAGCUCGAGCGGUUCGGUGGUCCCGGCGGGAGGGGUUUAAAAUCCUCAAACCGAACGAGCGGAGUGCCGCUAAGAAGGAGCGAUGGGGACCCUCAGCAUGGAUCCUGACUCCCACCGCCACCACGCUUCCAGCGUCCGCGCGCCUUAAAACACGCGCUCCUGACCCCCCGCGCUCGUGCUUGUCUUGCUUUGGGAUGGUGGCAUCGCCGCGGUGACCGGAGAAGGAACCGGAGGGAAAAGAAACGGAUACCCGGGGAGGGAAGGGGGGAUUAUGGCUCUCGCAGGGCUCGCGCUCGUUUUCCUCACCAACUUUUACGUGGCCGAGGGCAGCAGGCACGCGGUGUACUGGAACAGCUCCAACAUACAUCUGAGGAGAGAAGGCUACACCCUGCAGGUGAACGUGAAUGAUUACCUGGACAUUUACUGCCCACACUACAACAGCAGCCAGAGGGGUGUGGCUGAGCAGUAUGUCCUCUAUAUGGUCAGUUAUCGCGGCUACCGCACGUGCGACCCGCAACUGGGCUUCAAGCGGUGGGAGUGCAACCGGCCCCACGCCCCUCAUGCACCAAUCAAGUUCUCUGAGAAGUUCCAGCGCUACAGCGCCUUUUCACUGGGCUAUGAGUUCCACGUGGGACACGAGUACUACUACAUCUCCACACCCACGCAUCACCAUGGCCGCAGCUGCCUGAGACUGAGAGUGUACGUCUGCUGCUCAACAGCAGCGGAUGCAGAUGACGAGCCACAGCCCACAGAGCCAGACUACACUCUGAGACCUAACAUCAAAAUUGAUGACCUUGAUGACUACGAUAACCCUGAGGUCCCUAAGCUGGAGAAGAGCAUCAGUGGGAGCAGCCCAUCCCGGGACCGCCUCCUCCUCACUGUGGCAACGCUCUUCCUCAUCACGCUCUCCGUCUCCUAGCACCCACCUCCAGGACACUAUCAUGCCAACGAGGCCUAGGGGAAUGUAGUGGACACCUGGGGGGUGAGGCCAGUGGGUGGGCCAAUGAGGACUGAGGAGAAACUCAAAGCAGGACAUGAAAACAAAAACAAUAAAAAGAUGAGAGAGAGAGAGCAUUUAGGUGACUGGACGUCAAACAAACACCAAGGCUUCAUCAUUGGUGCUACUGUGCUGCUUGCGUGUGUGCACGCAUGUGUGCUAGUGGGAUGCUAAAGCCUUCACGCAUUAAACGGUGGAAUCUGAACUUCACAAUGAAAGCUUUGCCAUUCAGCUCAAGCUGGAUCACCAGACAGUGUGUGUGUGUGUGUGUGUGUGUGUGUGUGUGUGUGUGUGUGUGUGUGUUUCAAUAUGCAAAUGUGGGUUAUUUACUUCAUGCAAGAUCACCCCUUCAUCCUGAUUGGCUGACAGCUCUAUUACUUGUUGACUGGCAGGUUAGCGGUCGAGUUGAGUUGAUGCUUAGAUCAGUCCUAAAGAUUAAUGCUAAGCAUUAAAAUUCACGUCGCUAGUGCGGAACAGGAGCCGCACAGCUCGGUUCCUGCACAGGCAAUGCCAAGCCACGCUGCACAGGCUCAAUUUUGAGCGGUACCCAAUUUUAACCGCUUUGGUAAGCCUGCAGGAUUACCAUGUAUUUACAAACACGUCAGAAAUAAGAUUGCCUAAUGCACUGCUUGCGCUUAUGGAAUUAAACAGUCCAAAAGCCAGAAUCCCCAACUUCAGAAAAACAGUCCUGCUAGCCUCCACAGGUUCAAUAUGUAUUAUAAACAUAGGGCAUCUAAUACCAAGGUUAAGGCAGUCUCACAGGGCCAGAUCUCGUAAUGAAAACAGAAGAGGACAAUUUUUUUUGGAUACAUCUGUACAGGCUCCACAUCCAUUACACACAUGGGCCAUUUACCAUAAGAAAUUUUGGGCUAAAUGGGAAUGUAGACUUAAUAGGGCAGGAAGAAACUGAGUGUGAAAUGUCUAAACCAGUCCAAUGUCUUGUGAAGGCAUAGCUUCAAAUGGUGAUCAAUGGUGCGCCCAUCAACAUCUCGUUAGCACACAGAUGUCACGUAAGUUAGCAUGGCUGGAAUGUUCCCCACAAACUAUAAUUAAGCAUGUAAAUGUUUUGCUUGCAUCAUUGAUUGUACUUUGGAUGUUAGAGAGAACUUGGGGGCACGUUUUAGAGAACACUUACGCUUGUUGGCGGCAAAUACUGCUGCAAUCCAGUGAGUUGGAGGCAUCUGCACAGAUUCCACAUGCAUAAUAAAGCUGGGCCACCCAGUAUCAAGAUUAGACUGAUUAGGCGAGGAACAAACUGAGUAUGAAAUUUCUGAACCAGAUCUGCCAUCUCAUGAAAGAAGAACUGAAAGUAGGGGACGUUGAUGCGCUCGUCAGUCCAGUGGACGACAAGGUUAUCGUUAGCCCAUGGAUGUGAUGCAAGUUAGCAUGGUUAAAGAUUCCUCCCAAAAAUCUCAACUUAAGCUUGUAGAUGUUGCGUGUAUGAAGGACACAUUACAUGCAGUAAAAUGAAACAUUACCUUGUGUAAAAGAGGAACAGUUCCAUGAACUAACGAGUGUUUUGCAACUGGUUUUUCAUGCAAUAUUGAUUGUGCUUUGAAUGUUAGAGAAUUUGAGGCACGUUUUUAGAAUGAGUGUGUCCUCGUUUCCAUCAGAUUUCAUUACAAUGCAGCUAGCUAGAUGGUUUUACUUGCAAUGUCAAUUGUAAUAGAGAAUUUGGGGUUAGUUUCAAAGGGGCACAAGAGCACAUCUGUCCCCACAUGAUGGGUUUCACAGAAAAAGAGUUUUUCAGAAAACCAGUCAAGCUGUUUGUAUGGAUGCAUCUGCACAGGUUCUUCAUUCAUUAUAAACCUGGGCUAUCUAGUACCAAGGUUAGGAGAGUCUUGUGGGGAUUUCGAGAAUGAAAAAUGUUGGGUGAAUUUGGAUGGGAAUGUAGAAUUACUAAAGUAAAAGCAAUCCAAAGUCUUGUGAAGGCGGAGGUCAAAGUGAGGUGACGGUGCCCCCAUCAACAUUGUCCAAAAUACAACAAAGCCAUGAAUAUAACGUAAGUUAGCAUGGCUGAAAAGUUGUCUCAGAAAACUCCAGUUGAGCUUGUAGAUAUUGUGUGGAUUAAAAACACAGUAAAAAUAAGCAUUACUUCAGUUCCACUUCCUAAACAUAGCAUUUCGCUAGAUAGCUUGUUUUCCUUGCAUUCUCAAUUGUACUUUGGAUAGUAAAGAGAAUUUGGGAGUGGAUUUUAAAGGGGGCAUGCACUUAUUUGCCAAAUGUUUAGCAAAUUGUCCCCAGAUGUUCAUUCUCAUUACGAGAUCAGGAAACUUGUAGCUAAUUGAAAGCCUUAACUUGUAGCCUUAACAAAAAAUGACGACAGCGUAGCUUCAACAGAUUCAAAGACUGCCACAGUUAGUCAACAACAUUGUUUUUGGAAGUUAUCGUGUAAUUUGCGUUAAGCAUAAAUGCCUUGUAAUGCUCUGUUAUGCCAGUAAGCUGCAUGUGGUCAAUUUAACAGAUUGCAAUACACUGUAGGAAGCAUAGGGGGCAAUGUGGCUUCAAUUUUAACGCACAAUAAAGGCUUCAAUUUUAAGCGGUGCCCAAUUUUAAAACUCUAAUAAACCUGCAGGAUUACCAUGUAUUUACAAGAUUUACCUAAUGUACUCUCCCUGCUCACGGAAUUAAAGUGUGCCCAACUACUUCAGAGAGCCAGUCCGGCGGUUUGUUUGGAUCUGUUUCACUUACAUUAUACCACAGGCCAUCUAGUGUCAAGGUUAGUGUUGCUUUCACGUAUAAAGGGUUUUUGCAGUUUAAAAAACUUGUAGACAAAUCUUAAAAAAAACAAAAACAAACAAACAUUAACAGCAUAGCUUCAUGAAUAGGACUGCAUACUUAGCCAAUAAAUUUGAUUAGUCAUCAUCAUUGUUGAUUAUGGACUAGGGCUGUCUUGACUCUGUUGAAAACUAAUGGUAUGUGUUUAUGUACUGUUUAGUAUUCAUUAGCUUCAUUGAUUUUUAGGUGGAAAAAUUCUGGCCCAAACUAAUAUACAUUUCAUCAGCAAAGAAAGAAUUUAUCGCUGUUGUCAGAAGAAAACCUUGUAUCUCCAAAAUGAUAACUUUACAAGAGAAGAAGAAAAACUCUUUUACAUACAUACAUAAUUUACAUACAAUGUAAAGGGUAACAAGAAUUUAGAAAUUAUGCCAAAAACUGAAAAUGACCAAAAAAAAAAGAGAUAUGACGUCUUUUUCUGAGAGUGUGUGUGUGUGUGUGUGUGUGUGUGUGUGUGUGUGUGUGUGUUUAUACAUAUAAAAUCGCACAAGCCCAACUCCCCAGUUCUUCCCAUGUUGCUGCAAAACAGUCUAGUCCAAGGGCAUAGCAUUGCAGCCUCCAAUGCCACUCACCACACACACACACACACACACACACAUGGGUGGUUUAACUGAAUGUGCCAUAAAUUAAUGUCAGCCAUUCUUAUCACUUCGUCCUAUAGUACAACAAACUGUACCACUGUCCACAUGGUCACUGAGGUUCUCUUGUUUCCUCCUUUUUGUUUAUGAUUAAACAGUUUUCUGGUGGGUUUAAAGCACAAACAGCAGAUCUCAAGCUAUAGGAGUUUAAAACGGCGCCUCAUGUACGUCCAUGACGUCUUUGAGCGCAAACAGCCAACGAGCUGCUCCGCUUGCCAAUCAGUCAUCAUGCUCUAGCAGUAAUGCCCGCCUUCUGCUGCCCAAAACCUGUUUGCUGUAGAAAAAAGGAAAAUGUAUAAAGAAGACUUCUUUGUUUUUUUUAGUGAAAUACAUUGUUGUACUUUCUAAAAUGAAAAAUAUUCUGGGCGAGUGAUUAGAAACUAUUUGAACUUUUCAUUUUUAGCACUUGAGCACCAUUUUGCUUCGCAUGGUAUGAGAUCCAGGGUUCAAUGCACUGCAUCUCCAUACGCUUGGGUUCCGGGGCAGUCGUGGGCUGGAGGUUAGGGAACUUGCCCUAUGACUGAGGUGUCCUUGAGCAAGACACCUAACCCCCAAUUGCUCCCCGGGCGCCGUGGGACAGAGCUGCCCUCCGCUCCGGGCAAG